GAGCAGGAUCUAUGGAAGGUCACAGGCAACAACUACAGCAAUUGCAGCAGGGCGAGGAUCAAUCCUCUUCUGGACGGCGGUCCAGAGAAUGGUCGUCAGUCCCAAGUACACCGCCACCGCCAACAACCUCGAACCGCGAUAGAUAUCUUUCACCGGGCAAUGAUUUAGCAUCACGUACUGCAAAGGACAGCCGAAACCAAAGUAACAGCAGCACUUCAAUACGAGAUCAGUCGGCCCAUUCUGAUGCCGAUGCCAACAUCUCAUGUCGGCUACCACCUUUUCUGACUUCAAAGUCGAAGAUUCCUAUCCUAUUGGACACCUAUUUUACUCUUCACGACCCAAUUAAUGAAUCCAAAAUACAAUCCUCUGGAGGACCACCUAUUUACGGAUCAAACUAAGCGGCGCUUAAGCAAUGUCAUCACACGGAUAUGGGCUGGAUAUUCUGGAUCGGAUUAUUAUCUUCUUCUGGAGUGGCGGGUGGAUCUUUGCUGCUUGAGGUUUAUCGGAAGGGAGCUACGGGACUUACCUACUAGCUUGCCCAACAAUACAAUUCUAUAUGGCUUCGACAACGGAUUCUAUACUGCACCCGAUGACGACGAUAUGGUAGUACAUCCUCAUCUGUCAUUGACUGAGCCGAUCGCUACACUGCCAGGAGGGGGAGUGAGUCCGUCGUACACGUACGAAUCGGUGAUGAGGCUGAACAACCUGCACGAAUGUAUAGCAGAUACAAAAAAAUCCAGAGACGAGAUCAAGCACAACAUCGAGCUGGCACUGAACAAGGAAAACGCACCGAUGAUCAUGCAAAAACGUCGCGGGGAAUGUACAGAGAGGCUAUGGCACUUGCAGCGGCAAGUAGGGCACGAGCUGAAUGUUUUGGAACAAGCUCGGGAUAAGGCGAAGGCACUUCGACAGGAGCAUGCAGCACGGCGGAAGGCGCUUGCGGAAUCCAGAGAGCGAGGUCAAACGCAGGAGAUGUAUCUGGAAGAGAAUAUGCUAAAUCUCGCAAAGAACAAAGAGAGUCUGUUCCAUGUGUUGAAGGAAUACUCGACCAAGCGAACAGAGCUGAUCGCAACGUUGUUCACGAUAUUUCCGAUUACGGAGUCCGAAAGGGAUCCUAGUGUCCUAAGGAUAUGUAAUAUACCGCUGCCAAAUUCAGUAUAUAUCGGCAUGGACGAGGAAGCAGUGGCCAUAGCACUGGGGUUCACCACGCAACUCGUCACUAUGCUUGCUCAUUACCUCUCAGUGCCACUACGAUACCCUCUUACACCAAUGGGAUCCAGGGCUUUUGUGCUCGAUCCUGUUUCUCUUCUGGUCGGACCCAAGGAAUUUCCACUUUUCGGUAAAAGUCAAGAGAGACACCGAUUUGAGUACGGCGUAUUUCUGUUGAAUAAGGACAUUGAACAGCUCAUGAACUCGCAAGGUCUACAAUUCAUGGAUCUUCGGCAAACGCUCCCAAACCUGCGGUAUUUAAUGGAAACCAUCCUCACGUCCUCGCCUAUCCAAUCAAUGGUAUAUCGAUCCAAGUUCAUUAGUCGGACGAACCAGAGUCGGCAUGAACAGGAGCGACUGAACGAUCUGUUUGUUAUCUCGCUGGAGCAGCGUGAAUUUGAUCAUAUCCUGAGACCUGAGUCCGAAUACAGCUCGAGCGAUGGUUACAAAGACCAAGGAAUCGGCGGCGCAGGGAAGCGUCCCGUUGAAAAGAGUCCAUCCACGUCAAGGCCCAACAACAGCGAGCGCUCUGCGUUAGUCCGGGAGUAUGACCCUAUCGAAGGAGAUUACAUGCUUGUACUGGAUAAUGCGUCUACGAAGUCGCCCCGGAGUCGGAACGAAACCAGCGACAGCGAUGUUUCGACAGUCGAGCGGGCUGGAGGGCCCCUCAUCAGCGUGUUAUCUCCGAGAGGUGGUCACCACAGAGUCUCGAGCGGGCUUCGUCAGGGGUACGCAUCAAGUGUCAGUUUGAGUGGAACUGAGGAUGAAGACAGACAAAGCGUAGAUGACCCUGCAUUCCGAGACUGGGCAAGUGAGGCCGUUGUAAACGUUGCUGGAAGCGAACAGGCCGAUACCACAUUAGAGGAACCGGAUUCUCUCGGAGCUAGCGAGGAUCUCUCUACCCCAUUGGGUUCAAACAUUAGUCAGGGUUUUAUUAGGAGCUGCGACAACCAUGUUGCGAGCAGCAGUAACGAUGCUGGAAGCGGCUUUUAAACAACGCAACCGUCCCCAUCUGCACAAAGCUGAUCACUGGUGGCUCUGUGAUGUCGCAUGACAGUAAAGGGACCGAUGUCGACGGUACUAUCCAUACACAAAGUGUGUCACGUUCUCGGCCACCCUCUCCGGCCAUGACCUCGGCGACUCCAUCCAAGGAGCACUCGCGAGUACACACUGUUGAGA